AUGGCUUCUCAUCCUUCGCUUGCGGAGCAGCUGGAUGCUCUGGUCGCCAAUGUACUGGCGGACUGGAACGUCUACACCACCGUCUUUGCCGGUAUCAUAGCCGCAUUUGCGCUGUACUCCGUCUUCUCGUCUAAAGACCCGGAUGUUCACCCAUUCCUGCUGGCUCGUCAGUCCACCGCAGCUCCGGUCCGCCUGUCAGGCCAGUCGGCAACCUACCGAAGCUUGGAAACGCCGCAUGGAUUCCCGCUGCGUCUCGGAUUAAACGUCAAGGACCCCGGCGCCCCCAAAUGGACCGGCGGGCGAAGAGGUGACCUGCGGGAUAUUUGGAGGACUGCUGUACGCGGUGCCCUGAAAGAGGAUGGGACACCCUCUGGAAAGAAGGGCAAGAUCUAUACGGUGCUGGGCAAGGAGAUGGUCGAGCGUUCGCUGGACCAGGUGACGCAGGAAAUCAAUGUGAUCGGUCAACACCUUCAGAAAGCAAAGGCCAAGACGGUGGCAGUCUGCCUAACGGACUCCACUGAGCUGUUGGCUGCUAUCUUUGCGGGUGCCUUUUACGACUUCAAGACGGUUCUUGUUCCCCAUAACCUGUCGCUCGAGAUCUUGUCCGCGCACCUGAAGGAAGCCCAGGCGGAUGUUCUGAUUGCAGAGGCAGGGUCACUCGACCUGUCCGCGGUUUCGAAAGCGAACAAGCAACUGUCGCUGGCACUCUGGGUCGCGAAGUCUGGCAGUCGCCAUAUGGACUGGAAUGAGGUUCCUAAAGACGCCAAGAAAAGCUUCAAGGUAGCAGUGUGGCAUGAACUGGUCGAGGCAGGCAAGGAUCUUGCUGGCUUUGAAGUGCCCAGCUACGACCCGACCACAACGACCCCUACAGUGAGCACCGUUUGGCCCUCUUCCGAUGAAGUCGGUCAAUUCAUUGAAUUCAAACCCGAGAAUCUCGUGUCUGCUGUUGGUGCUCUGGGCUCCGCAUUGCCUCGAACGGAACGUUUGAACCCAGACGAUGUCGUUCUAUCCAUUGACUCGCUUUCUCGCUCCUACCCUCUCUGCCAGAUCAUGUCUGCCUUAUUCUCCAACGCAUCCAUUGCGUUGAACUCAGUUGCCGGGGAAAAGGUAGAUUUCGCUUUGGCCACCGUAGGCGUGUCUCCCACAGUGAUCAUUGCGUCGUCAGGCACCAUGUCAGAUUAUCACCGCAAAAUCAUGCAACCUCAAACUGGGCCAAUAUCUCGUCUUGGGCGUUGCCUCCAAGCACGGAAUUUGGAUGCAGGGCACAUGCCAUCGCAGAAUAUCUUCAGCCGAAUCGCACAAGUUGGCCCGACGGCGGAGCUUUCUCUCGACAAACUUCGUUUGUUGUGCAUUUCCCAUCGUUUCGACGCCAGCCCCACAACCCGCCUGAGUUGCGAGCAGUUGACUGAUCUUCGGAUCUUUACCGGCGCACGUGUUGUUUAUGCACUGACUGCACCAGGUAUUGCGGGUGCAGUUGCGCAGACUAAUGCCUUCGACUAUCGACGCCUGCAUGGCCCGAGUCAUUUUGGUGCUCCUUUGAGUAGCACCGAGAUCACUCUGACCAAUAUCUCGGAAUCUUCGGCAUCCGGGGAUGGGCUUGUAGAGGGACAGAUCACUGUGGCUGGCCCUGCCGUUGUCGCUCCGUCUAUAACUCUUGUCGCUCAGGGACGUAUCAGCAAUGAUAACACCCUGGAAUUGUGUCCUUGA